UGGUUUUGUUUUACGACUCAUAGAUAUUCCAUGAAACAUAUUCUAGUGUUUCUGAUCGUGUUCUGUGUAGCUUAUAUCUUAUUAAUAAAUAUAUAUCUGAAAGAUACAUCAAAAAUCAAAUCCAGCUAUAUAAAUAUAUUUCCGGAGAGAUAUUAUAGUAAACGGGAGAUUAAGAGAAUUCUAUUCUGGACCCGAAAUUUUAAAUCGAUCCACUGGCAAACGUAUGAUUAUUAUUCUACUUCGGAUGCAUUUAAAGGUUGUCCUGUGUCCAAAUGUAUUGUCACUGCAGAUAAGACUCUAGUCAACGAUAGCGAUGCUUUGCUUUUCCAUUCACAAGAUCUGACAAAUAUUAUUCUCCCAUCACAUAGAUCACCCGAACAGAUUUAUAUCCUGGCGGGCGUCGAGCCACCUACAAAUUAUAAUAUUAUGAAUCUAGGGCAGUAUUCUAAUGUUUUCAAUUGGACAAUGGGUUACAGAUUUGACAUGGAUGCAUUCAUGGCGUAUGGCAGUUUUGAAAAAUCAUCUGUCAAUAUGGCAGUUAAAAAUGUUGACUUUUCCAAAAAUAAAACUCACAAAGUAGCCUGGGCUGUCGGAAAUUGCUAUCCUUAUUUCCCUCGCCAAUUAAUCGUACAAAAACUGUCAAAAUACAUAGAUGUAGAUAUAUUUGGACAUUGUGGAAAAACAAAACCUAAAUGUAGUAGACUUUGUCCUGAGAUUUUAGGAAAAUACAAGUUUUAUCUUUCCUUCGAGAAUUCCAUGUGCAAAGACUAUGUAACUGAAAAAUUUUGGAAUGCUUUGGUUAGAAAGCAAAUACCUAUCGUCCUAGGAGGGGCUAAUUACACAAAAAUAGCUCCACCAAAAAGUUUUAUAAAUGUUAUGGAUUUCCCAAAUAUUGAAAAAUUAGCCGAACAUUUACAUUACUUGGAUAAAAAUCAUACAGCCUACAACGAGUAUUUUAAAUGGAGAUCUCAUUUUACAGUGUCGGGUAAAUUUACACCUUGGAGAUGUGAAUUAUGCAAAGUUUUACAUGACACUAGUCGACCUGCUCAAGUAUAUACAGAUAUUGUUGGAUGGCUGGGGGAAGAUAACUGUCCACUUAGGAGUUUUAGCAAUCAUAUGAUGAGACACGUCAAUGGAUUCUUGAUCAACAAGGGUAUAAAAUGGUUUUAACGCCAACAGACAAAGUAUUAUAUCUGUUUUACAGAAAAUACAAAUAAAUAAUGUAAUUUUUUUUCCAACAAUCUAUUUAUAUUAGUGUUUACGGUUAUUUAACCGAAUUUCUUGAGUGGUUCCCUCUUGUCAGUGGUGCUUUCGAGGCCAUUUGUAAUGAAGCGACUCGAUGAACGAGGCUAAACAUACCCCACAGGAGAA